AAAUAAACUCUGCCACCUCAAUGUAACGUUUUGUUCGAAAUCUGAAAAUUCUCAAGGCUAGUGAACUUUCAGAAUAUAAAGCCUGGAAAAUUUGAAUCAACAUAUUGAAUUCUUUGACAAUUUUUUGUAAGAACUCAGGACCAGGAUCGCAGAUCAUGCCUGAUCUCCUGCAGCUGACAAUCCACGCGAUCUAUACAGGGUUCCUCGCCUUCGUCUCGUCGACUCUCCUCCUUACAGACGUGCACUUCCACACCCAAACUGCCGACGACAACGAAGUGGUCGACUUCAUCGUCGUGGGCUCGGGAUCUGCUGGCAGUCCAGUGGGCGGGCGGCUGUCAGAAAAUCCUGCCUGGGACGUCCUGGUUUUGGAAGCUGGCAGUCCACCGCCCCUGGAGAGCUACGUGCCGGGUUAUUCCAACUUUGGUUUGGUCUGGAGAAGCCCGUACAACUUCCACUACAAAUCAACGCCGCAAAAUUAUUCUCAUUUCGCCUUCCGUAACAGAGAAGUGCCGCUACACCGCGGCAAGGUGGUGGGGGGAAGCAGCACCAUCAACUAUAUGCUCUUCAACCGCGGCAGCCGCCGGGACUUCGACCGCUGGGCGGCCCUAGGUAACCCGGGCUGGGACUACGAGACGGUCCUGCGCUACUACAAGAAGAUGGAGGACUACAAUGGCAACUUCUAUAACGAGCGCUACCACGGCAUUGGAGGGCCGCUGAGCAUCGAGAGCACCGAGUGGAUCACCGCCGUGACGCCCGCCAUAUUCGCCGCCGCGGAGGAGCUCGGCCUCAAGAGGGUCGACUAUAAUGGCGAAACAAAUAUUGGCUUCAACGCCCCCGAUGUGAACACUCGCAAGCGACAGCGCCACUCGUCGGCAGACGCGUUCCUCAAGCCAAACCUCCACCGCCCCAACCUGCGCUUACAAACAAACUCUCGGGUCAUCAAGAUCCUGUUCGACGAGAAUCUUCGUGCCAUCGGAGUCCGAUAUAUUCAAGAUAAUAAGGUGAAGCGAGUGUACGCGCGUAAGGAGAUCGUCCUCAGCGCCGGGGCCUUCGACAGCCCCAAACUCCUCAUGCUGUCUGGGGUGGGGCCACGGGCCCAUCUCGAGGCCGUGGGGAUCCGCUGUCUGGUUGACUUGCCAGGCGUGGGUCAGAACCACCAGGAUCACCUCAGGAUCUACGGACUCUCUUGGACCUUCGACGCCGGAGACUCGCGCGUCUUGGAACACUUCGGCCGCACACAGAGCCAACUGUACAGGAAAUUCAGGAAUGGAUCGCUGGCCGCCCCCGCAGCGACCGUAGGCCACUUGUACGUCAACUUGGACGGACCCAGUGACCCCACGACGCCAGACGUACAGUUCCUAGUGGCGCCGGCGCUGCUGAGCGGUGACCGUGGCUUCAUCACCCCUGCUGCCUUCAACCUCGAUCCGCAGGUAUAUAGAGAGUUUUUUGGUCCAGACGAGGGGAAAGAGGGCUUCACGAUCUUUCCUCUAGCGAACAGCUGCAAGAGCCGAGGGUACGUUGCCCUCAGGUCCAGCAACCCCUUAGACGACCCCAUCAUCGACCCCAAGUUUUUGAGUCACCCAGAUGACGUGGAGUUCCUCGUCAAAAUGCGCGGUGUCAAAGGCCUGCGCGUCAUCGACGCCUCCAUCAUGCCACUCAUCACCACAGGAAACACAAACGCUCCAACUAUCAUGAUCGGGGAACGAGGAGCCGACUUCAUAAAGGAGGAACACGGCUUUUUCCAGUAGUGCAAAUUUUUACUACUGGGUGGGAUUUCAUUUAUUCGUUUGUAGGGUCAAAUUUAUCUUAUGAUAUUUUGGUAGUCUAUAUUAUUUAUUUGUGAGCUCAAAGUUUUCGAGUGCAGCGCGCUUUUGUAGCUAGUUUACCAUCCGUAGCUCUUAUUUCGUGUCGGAAUAGAUUUUCACAAUGGCAAAAUUUGCAAUGUUGCAAGCGACAAUAAUAACUUCGAUGGUUAACUUUUGGGAAGCUUGAAAUUUGAUUGAAAUAAAGAAAAUAACUAGUGGAAAUCAGUUGUGUAUCCUCGAUGACUGACUAAUUUUAAUAUCAAGAUCUUUUAGAGUCAGAUCAAAGCAGAAGAGUUUAACUUGUUGUGAGCAGCGGAAUUGUUAAUUAACCGAGGUCGGAUGGAUCCUGCAAAGCAAUUCAAGCUUCAGCAACUGGGUUUGCACUACAGUAUUUGUACUACGGUAUUAGCACUACGGUAUUUGCACGGCUGGAUUUUCACAUUUUCACCAGAGGAGGUGUAGGAUUUCGUUUUCACUUCUACUCCAAAACGCAUAUUUUGGUCCCCAGCAAACAGCAAGAAAAUCUUCAAGUGAAUCUGAUAAUGAGACGGAAAACGCACCUGCCGGCGUUCCAACUAUGAGCUUUAAGCUUAAGCUCUCAAUUACAGUCUUAACCGCGAUAAGUAAAAGCUUGUAUACAAACUGUUCCUUAAUGUUGGUGCUAAAGAUUGUUUACUGAAGACAAUUUUAUCAUACUCAAACCUGAGAGUUUACUGUAAACCAACGUUGCGCGCUCUCAAGGUAACUCUGCAUGAAGAACAAU